GUGUGGGUGUGUUUCUGCGUCUUAGGGCCCUAAAGGGUCGGGGGAGUGUAUAAAGUCAGGAGUUAGGUCACUUUUUUUGGUGAGGGGUCAGUUGCAUCUCAAAGUUGCUUGUUGGCCAAUACAUUGGUACAGGCUUUGGUGGAGCUGAAAGAACUCAUGAAGGACGAGAACCAGCAGUGCUACUGGCAGGACUCAGGGAGAUGGGCAGGGUAUGAAGAAAGCUAUGAUCCUGAAACAGGGGGCUGGAGUCCCUCUCACAUCUUCUACCUGACCUUAAAGAGCUUGGUUCAGCUGUGUAGGAUCAUGAGCACAGGUGCGGUGAUGUUGGACCAAGAGGAGCGUAGCCUGGCCAGCAUUGCUGAGAAGCUGGUGGAUGAGCUUGUGGACAAAAACGAGAUCCGACCCAGUGACCGUGAGGAGCUCCUGAAUGCCUUGCUACAGAAUCGGAGUCAGUCUGACCCAAAAGAGACCCAGACUCUGGCCCCUGGUUUGGAGAUGACAUGUUCAGUGUCAGGCAAGAAAGAUGUAUCUGACACCAGUGAAGCUUCAAUGGUCCUGGUUGGAGCCCUGGAUUUUUUAGAGAAGCCGACUGUAGCUUUCGUGAGGCUGAAGGAGGCGGCGGAGUUGGAAUCGGCUUUGAAGGCCCCGGUGCCGGUCCGCUUUGUGUUUGUGUUGGUGGGGCCAAAUGACAACAGCAUGGACUACCAUGAAAUCGGACAGGCCAUGGCCACAUUAAUGGCUGACAGGGUGUUCAAUUUAGCAGCUGUCCAAGUGCAGAACGAUCGUGACUUGAUGGAGGCUGUUGCAGAAUUCAUGGACUGCAGCAUCGUGAUCCCACCUACUGAGAUCCAGAAUGAAUCAGUGCUGAGCUCCAUCAUUGGCUUUCAGAAACAGCUCCUGCACCGACGCCUGUGCCCAUCCAGCCCCCAGGUCUCCUUGGACUUGAAGCCUCACAGAGUAGUUACAAAAGCAGAGGGACCUCCAGCAGAGGACCCGCUGGCUCGCACAGGCCGGCCAUUCGGUGGAAUGAUCAAAGAUUUUAAGAGGCGCUACAAGCACUAUGUCAGUGACAUCACUGAUGGCAUCAAUGCCCAGGUCCUGGCUGCCAUCAUCUUCAUCUACUUUGCUGCUCUUUCUCCUGCCAUCACGUUUGGAGGUCUGCUGGCUGAUAAAACAGAUAACAUGAUGGGCAUAUCCGAGCUGCUGCUGUCUACUGCUCUACAGGGAAUAAUCUUCUGUCUCAUCGCUGCUCAGCCAAUCCUGGUCAUCGGCUUUUCUGGACCCUUGUUGGUCUUUGAGGAGGCAUUUUUUGCGUUCUGCAACUCACAAGAGAUCGAGUACAUUGUGGGCCGAGUGUGGAUUGGCUUUUGGCUGGUGUUUAUCGUGGUAUUAAUGGUGGCAUUCGAGGGCAGCUUUCUGGUCAGGUUCAUUUCACGCUUCACACAAGAGAUCUUCUCCAUCUUGAUAUCCCUCAUCUUCAUCUACGAGACCUUUGCCAAACUCAUCAGGGUUUUUCAGCAGCACCCACUGACUCGUAACUAUAGAUAUCUGAACACGAGUGCGGGGAAUCCCCUUUAUGCUGCACCUAACCGUCACUCUGGCAAUGCCUCCACCCUGGCUACACUACAGGAAAGAGCAUAUCCCAACACUGCCUUGCUCUCCAUGUGCCUAAUGUUUGGGUGUUUCUUCAUUGCGUAUUUCCUCAGACAGUUCAAAAAUGGACAUUUCUUGCCAGGCAAGAUCCGCCGCUUGAUUGGAGACUUUGGUGUCCCUAUUGCCAUUUUCUUAAUGAUUAUUGUGGACAUCAGCAUUCAGGAUGUUUACACUCAGAAACUUCUGGUGCCCAAAGGUCUGGCAGUGUCCAACCCUAGUGCAAGGGGGUGGGUCAUCAACCCAAUGGGGAUAAAGAAAGCUUUCCCUGUCUGGAUGAUGAUAGCCAGUGUCAUCCCAGCGAUGCUUGUCUUUAUCCUCAUAUUUCUAGAGUCUCAGAUCACUACGCUGAUUGUGAGCAAGCCAGAGCGGAAGAUGGUGAAAGGCUCGGGGUUCCACCUCGACCUGCUAAUUCUAGUCAGCAUGGGGGGCCUUGGUGCCAUGUUAGGGUUGCCCUGGCUGAGUGCUGCCACUGUCCGUUCAGUCACUCAUACCAAUGCUCUGACUGUCAUGAGCAAAGGACCAAAACCAGUAAUUGAAAAAGUUCUGGAGCAGAGAGUAAGCGGCGUAUUGGUAGCUCUGCUGGUCGGUCUGUCUAUUUUAAUGGAGCCCAUUUUAAAAAUGAUCCCCAUAACAGCUCUGUUCGGCAUUUUUCUCUACAUGGGCAUUACCUCACUCAGUGGAAUCCAGCUUUGGGACCGCAUACUGUUGCUUUUUAUACCCAAAAAGUACCAUCCUCAGGAGCCAUAUGCCACCAAGGUGAAGACCAAUAAGAUGCACAUGUUUACUUUGAUCCAAGUUGCGUGCUUGGUAACGCUGUGGAUAGUGAAAUCCAGCCCCAUCUCCCUGGCUCUGCCCUUCGUCCUCAUCCUCACCAUUCCCCUGCGCAUCUUAAUGAGAGGCCGCCUCUUCACUGAGCUGGAAAUGAAAUGCCUGGAUGCUGAUGAUGCCAAGGUGACAUUUGAGGAGGAGCCAGGACAUGAUGUGUACAAUGAAUCCCAGAUGCCACUAUAGACACCUGGAUUGGACCACGCCUUAAUUCACUUUAAAUGUGUCAUGGAAAAAAAGAAUGCUUUAAUAUGAUCAAGACACAAAAAAUACUGUGUAUAGAUAUUUCUCUGUCUCAGAAUUCUUAUGCGUUUUAAGUAUUUAGAUAAAUAUUAGGCUAAUACUGCCUCCAGUCUCUCUGGAGUGCAUUUACCCCCUUAUUGCUGUUAGUCUCAUUGGCAUCCAAAAUUACUUAUAUGUGCCCUGCGGUGGACUGGCAUCCCACCCAGGGUGUACCCCUGCCCUGUGGACUGGCAUCCUGUCCAGGGCGUACCCCAGCCCUAUUCCCUGAGGUGGACUGGCAUCCCGUCCAGGGCGUACCCCAGCCCUGUGCCCUGCGAUGGAGUGCUAUCCCGCCCAGGGUGUACCCCAGCCCUGUGCCCUAGCAGUCUGAGAUGAGCUCCUGGCUCCCUGAAACUCAGGGGCAGUGCCAGAGAGGGGCUUGGGGAUGCUGUGGCUUCCCCUAAGAUAACCAUAGCAGCCCCCCACCCCCAAACAAAUUCCUGUGGCUUAUGUAGAAAUUUUUCAUUUUUAAUGUGUGAAUACUAGAAUUUUAUAUCUGGCCUUGUGUUUAAUACUGAAUGUCAUUGUGUACUGCAUACAUGCAUGUCUGUUUGUUUAUAUGUGUCUGGGGUGUUGCAGUUAAAAGUGUGAAGAGCGGAAACCCAAAAUUUCAGAACACCCUCACUGAAAAAGUAAAGCAAACCCAUAGCACCAGCAAAAGGAAAUCAAUCUCUGGCAGCAGCCCUGCUGCACCAUGUUCAAAAUAAGAGGUUGGAAAAAAGGGAGCAUAUUUAAAGUAAAACAUUCAGAAUUACAAACUGGUAUUUAAAUGUUAUUUGGGCAUUCCUUUGCAAAUAUAUUUUUACAUUAAUACAUAAUAUCCUAAACCAAAUUUUACAUCUCCUUUGGGUCAGUAUAUUAUUAAAUAUCUAUUUGUACAAAGUGAUUAGAUUGAGGAAAACAAUAGAUUAAAAUCAUUUAAAAUUUGUUUAAAAAAGCAAACUUAUUAAAAAUUUCAGAUGAUUGAAGAGUGUUUAGAUGUACUAAACAGCCAUAAAUAUAGCUGUAUUUUACAUUUCCCUGAUGGCAAGGCACUUUAAGAACAACAGUCUAGAUUGUUAAACUAAAUAUUACUGACUAAACGUAUAACAAGAAUAUCUAUAUAUCUGGGUGAACAUCUGGAUAAAGAGGAGAACAUUCUUUAAAAUAACGAUGGGAAACAAAUACUGUUGUGUCCAACUAAAUACUAUUAAACAUAAUUCGAACGGUA